AUGAGUAUUAGAUCAAAAUUAUCGUCAUUAAGAGAAUACCUAACUCCAAUAAACAACAAUUCAAAUUUUUUAACUACUGGACAAAUAAGUCCCCAAGAAUUUGAGCAAGCUGGAGAUUUUCUAGUUUCAAAAUUUCCAACAUGGCAAUGGUCAGCACCAACAUCAAAAGCAAAUUUAAAAACAUUCUUACCACCGGAUAAACAAUUUUUAAUAACUAAACAUGUACCAAGUUAUCAAAGAGCAAAUAAUUAUCUUGGAAAAUUAUCAGAAGAAGGAGAUGAAGAAGAAGAGGAGGAGGAAGUUGAUGAAGACGGAUGGGUUAAAUCUAAGCAAAUCAGGAAGGUUAAAGAAGACGAUGCAAAGGAAAUAGAAACGGAAGAAGGUUUUAAUGAUAUAGAUGAGCUAAUUGAUAACAAUGCAGAAGGGGAAGAAUUUGAAGAAAAUGAAGAUUAUGAUGAUUUAGGUUGUAACAAACACUUGAGAAAAUAUGAUUUAUACAUUACAUACUCGACUUCAUAUCGAGUUCCUAAAUUAUAUUUAGUUGGUUAUGACUCAAAUGGUAUUCCAUUAUUACCCAACCAAAUGUUUGAGGACAUAAAUAGUGAUUAUAAAGAUAAAACAGCAACCAUUGAAAAUUUACCAGUUAGUUCAAAUACAAUGAGUGUUUCAAUUCAUCCAUGUAAACAUUCAAGUGUAAUGAAAGUAUUAAUGAAACAUUCAAAGUUGAAGAAUGAAGGAAAUGAAGAUGAGGAAAAUAAUGGAAUGAGAGUUGAUCAAUAUUUAAUCAUAUUCCUUAAAUUUAUAUCUAGUGUUACCCCAGGCAUUGAGUAUGAUUAUACAAUGGAAGCAUUAUAA